AUGAUCGAUAUCCCGAGUCGAAACUCGCCGAUAUGCAAUGAGGAAGACGAAGAUCACCACGUUUUGGCCACGCACGGGCGUUCGCACAGUCUGCCGCCACCCGACCGACGGCAGUGCCAUGUGGAGACACACGUUGGCCACUCCCGUCCCCACCCCCCGGACUCGGAUCUAAGUGUCAGUGAACGGCUCGGUGCCUGGUUCCGGGUGAUUCGCCAUGGAUACAUCCCUACCAUCACCACCGGCAAAGAAGAUGUGACUUGGAGAGGAGCCGUUUCUCUCAAGAUCAAGAGCCUCGAAGAUGCGAUCUCAAAGAUUGCAAGUAAAAUUGACAUACCUGAGCUACAGAGACCAUCAGAAGAGCCCGCAGCUUCUCCGAGUCCACCUGUGGUUGAAAUGGCCAAUGCAGAACCAAUGCAAACAAGCCCAGAAUCCCACAAAGCCGAGACCCGAGACGUAACACAGACCUGGGAAGUAGUCAUGGACCCUCGAGGUGGUCCAGGCUCAAUACCAGCCUCGUGUGUUUCCGAAAGUGUUCGAGCAGGACUACCUAGUAGCUUGCCAACUUCACGCCACCCAGAUUUAAUAUCGACCGGUUUGAUUACAUUACGACAAGCUUCCGCGUUGUUUGAUACCUAUCAUCUGCGGUUGGAUCAUUUUCUCUAUCGCAUCCUUGGCGAUCAUAUCAGCCUAAACUCAGUACGAGUUGCAUCACCACUGUUGACGACGGCGGUUUGCGCAGUCGGCGCUCUCCAUUCGCCGUCCCUGGGCUAUCUGUUUGAGACAUGCUAUGCCGAAUACAAAGCGCUAGUUGCUACACAGAUGUUUUCAAGGACUGCCAACGAGGAUGAUAUUCGGGGGUUGUGUAUUGGAGCAUUCUGGCUUCAUGAAUUAUCAUGGGCACUGAUUGGAAAUGCUGUGCGAGUGGCAUCCGAUAUCAAUCUUCACAGUGGAAUCUACAAAGCCUUGAAAGGCGACCGAGAGGGUUACUCUCAGGCCCGACUGUACUAUCUGGUUUAUGUUUGCGACCACCACUUUUCGAUCGCAUAUGGCAGGCCACCAAUGUCUCGCGAAAGCUUCAUUAUCGAGUCGGCCAGCCGUCUUCUGGAAACCGAACAUGCGACUGAGGAUGAUGCCAGGCUGAUUAGCCAGGUGAAAGAAUGGUCUGUACUGGGUCAAGUCUUCGAUACAUUCGGUGUGGAUGUUGACACAGCGAUCUCUCCCCAAACAAUACCCCAACUCCGCCGAUACUCCAUCGCUUUGGACACCUGGUUUGCAGAUUGGCACGAGAGCUUCCAAGAAAACCGACGAGUUGGAAACUAUCCCGCCAAAGGCGUGGGUUUUCAUUUCCAAUUCGCGAAGCUCUACCUUUGUUCGCACGCCUUCCGCGGUGUCCCCGCCGCAGGGAACGCGGCGGAAUAUUUCACUCCUGAAUUGGAAGAAAUCGCCAACGCAGGCGUCUUAUCAGCUAUGUCAAUCCUGUGUGUGAUUGUAUCCGAUGAUGAGUUCCGCUCGUUCCUGAAUGGUCUUCCUUUGUACUUUGACACGAUGCUUGCAUUCGCAGUCGUCUUCCUACUAAAAGUCGCUACCAAGUACGCGACUGUCAUCAGGAUUGACACGAUCAAGAUUUUCUCCCUUGUGACACAAACUGUCGCUGCUCUUCGAGAGAUUACACACACCAUGCAUCGACAGCAUAUACUCGUCGUCAUUGCUGAGGGGCUAGAAAGGCUAUUGUCAAUGUGCCAGGUCCCUGGUCAAACGACCCAGCAAUCGGUCUACCAAUCUUCCCCAGCACUAGAUCAACAUGCACAACUCGACUUGGCCUGGAUGGAAAACAUGGCGAGCUUUGAUUUUCAAACUAACUUCCCCGACGUGGUGGAUGACUGGUGGCUUCACUAUAAUACAUCGAUGGGCACUUCAACGCGUCCGAUGGGUCCACAAGGAUAG